CAUGAUGCUGCUGGGCCGCGGGCUGGACGCCAGGGACAAUCAGACUCGACAAAUACAAGAUGCUGUUUCAAAUGUGGAAAAACAUUUUGGUGAAUUGUGCCAAAUAUUUGCUGGAUAUGUACGUAAAACUGCCAGACUACGAGACAAAGCAGAUCUUCUAGUAAAUGAAGUAUAUGCAUAUGCAGCCACAGAGACACCAAACUUAAAAGUUGGACUGAAAAACUUUGCAGAUGAAUUUUCCAGACUUCAGGAUUAUCGCCAGGCAGAGGUUGACAGGCUUGAAGCCAAGGUUGUUGAACCUCUGAAAAGCUACGGGACCAUAGUGAAACUUAAGAGGGAUGAUCUUAAAGCGACUUUAACAGCAAAGAACCGAGAAGCCAAGCAACUGUCUCAACUGGAAAAGACACGUCAGCGCAAUCCAUCAGAUCGACACAUUAUUUCACAGGCUGAAAGUGAAUUGCAGAGAGCUUCCCUGGAUGCAACUCGAACAACUCGGCAAUUAGAGGAAACAAUUGAUAAUUUUGAGAAACAGAAAAUAAAGGACAUAAAAAACAUAUUUUCUGAAUUUAUAACUAUUGAAAUGUUAUUCCAUGGGAAAGCUUUAGAGAUAUAUACUGCUGCCUACCAAAAUAUCCAAAAUAUUGAUGAAAACGAAGAUUUAGAGGUUUUUCGGAGCUCACUUUAUCCACCAGACUAUCAAUCUCGCUUAGACAUAGUUCGUGCAAAUUCGAAGUCCCCCCUGCAAAGAACUGGCUCCUUAAAAUCUUCAUUGAGGACAGUACAGCAGAUUUCCAGCAGUAUGCUAAGAAAAGAUGAAGAAGAAGAGGAGGACGAAGAUGAGGAUGAAGAGGAGGAGGAGGAGGAGGAAGAAUUAGAUGCUACUAAGGAAGUGAGAUAACAAAACUGUUCUAAGAGUCUUUCUUUUUUUUUAUUGAGAAAAAAAAAAGAUUUCCCUUUACACAAAGGCUUUUGUGUGUUAAUCAAAAACUUCACUGAGGCUGUAUUUUUAAAAUGCCAACAGGAGCAAGAAUUGGCACUAAUAGUAGAGUGCCAGAAACAAAUGACCAGUUUCAAAGAAUGGAACAGAAUCUGGUGAAAAUGGACAAUUUCAUUAGCUAGAAAAUGAAAUAUUUAAAUAGAAUCCUCUAUUAUAUUUGCAUAGAUGUUAUAUCGCAGUCACAUUUGUUUAAACUUACAUGAUGAACAGUGUCCAAAAACUGCACUAAGCUGACAAGCAGUUAUGAACAUAAGGGUUUGCUUGUUACUUUGCCAAUGCAUUACCUUAUUCUCUUGCUACACACCUCUUGGAUUUAUUAAGUCCUCUAGCUAUAUGUCAUAAUUGGUUUUAUACACCCUGAAGUAACCAUGGUACUCAAGAAACUGAUUACAGCAACAAUCCUGUUACAUUUCAUUUUGUUACCCACCUUGGAUGGCAGAAGGCAGGGUGAGGUGUACUGUUUCCUCAUUCUCGUUUUCCUCAGGCUUGACUAAGAUGACUUUUGAUUCCUUUACACAUACAGAAUGAAUAUUAACAAAUAAGGAGCUAGCCCAGUAUCUAAUUUCAAUGCUGCUUUGCUUUUAAAUAAAAGUGCCUUCAUAAUAAAACUAGUUGAUAUUUUA